AUGUCUCAAAAACCGUUUAGGGUUAUUAUCGUGGGGGGCUCUGUCACAGGCCUCACAUUAGCUCACAGCUUGCACAGAAUUGGAGUCGAUUAUAUAAUUCUAGAGAAGCGAGCCAAGGUUGUAGUACAGGAGGGAGCCUCAAUUGGAAUCCUGCCGAAUGGUGCUCGAGUUCUGGAUCAACUUGGGCUUUACAAUACCAUCGAGCAGUCCGCUGCCCCUCCUGAAUCAUCUCACAUCCAUUUCCCCGAUGGUUUUCACUUUAUCAGUCCUUACCCCAAGAGGAUGUUCGAAAGUUUCGGAUACCCCAUUGCCUUUUUAGAAAGGCGGAGACUGCUGGAAAUCUUGUAUGACACACUACCUGACAAGACCAAACUUAAGGUCAACAAAACAGUCUCCGACAUUGAGCAAUAUCCAGAAGGGGGCAAAUACAACGCACGGGUCCGAACCAUCGAUGGAGAUGUGUAUGAGGGUGACCUCGUCGUCGGAGCUGAUGGCGUGCAUAGUCGAACUCGGAGAGAAAUGUGGCGACUGUCCGGCUCUUCACCGACGGGUGAUGUCCCCGUUAGUGAAAGAAACAGUACUUCAGUGGAGUAUUGCUGUGUUUUCGGAAUCUCCCAGGGAUUGUCUGGCCUAAGGGUUGGACAGCAAGUCAUGCGCAUAUACAAUGGGCGAACACUUCUGGUGGUGCCGUCCAAAGACGAGCUGGUUUUCUGGUUUUUGUCACAGAAGCUUGACCGGAAAUAUGAGUAUAGUAAUGCCCCUCGCUUUACGUUGGAAGACGCCGCUGCUCAGUGCUUGCAAGUGGCGGAUGCUCCCAUAGCGGAUGGGAUCCAGUUCCAAGAUAUUUGGAAGACGCGACAGGCUUUCAACAUGGUUUCUCUAGAAGAAAACCUUUUCAAGACCUGGUCCUUCGGUCCCAUAGUCUGUAUUGGAGACAGUAUGCACAAGCGUGCCCUAGAUGACAAUCAAUUUUGGACAAGGCGCAAACUGCGCCAUUGA